AUGGACCUCACCGUUGCGGCAAAUAACGUCAACAGUCCUCCUAACGUUAGAAUAUAUUCCUGUAAGAAGAUUGGUAAUGUGCUUCUACAAAACGUGUCUACAUUUUCGGCAUCCGAUCUCAACUUGAUCCAAGAAUCUUUGAUUAUAGAAGGGAACUCACAACUCCCUCUAAUCUACUUGAACUCCUUGAAGUUGUACGCCGUGCAAGGUAGCGUAGUAGUUGCUAACAAUGCCGAUCUUUCUAAUAUCUCAUUUCCCACUCUCACCUCCGCUGGAAAUCUGUCCAUCACCAGCAACCCCAAAGUCAUGGCAAUUGAUCAAUUCGACAUGCUCGCGACAGUUGAAGGGCAAAUAACCGUCUCUGGGAAUUUUGGAAACGUCUCCUUCCCCGAUCUGAAGAAUGCAAGAUCUUUGAGCGUAUCUUCUGCCAACUCGACUUUUAAUUGCUCCGAUUUUGCCAUGCUCUGGACAUAUGGUUUUGUCAAGGACGCUUACGAAUGUCAAGGAGCUUACUUUGACCGGUCUUCAUCACCCGUAAAGGCUUCAACCCCCAAUCAAGAUGACUCUACUGGCGGUCUUGCGACUGACGAGAAAGCGGGAAUCGGGCUGUCGGCGUUGGAACGCUCUUUAUUUGGGUUGGAAUUGUUUUGA